AGAGUCCUGCCUCUUGCAGGGCAUCAUCCAAGACCUGAGAAAUGGGCUUCAUGCCCAGCUGCUCCGGGCUGGUGGCGAGGGGUGGAGUGAAACAACCCAGCCUCUGUCUUCCUCCCGGUGCUGUGUCCUGCGAGCUGUCGCAGCUGCCCCACAGCUGAGUGGGUCUCACCAUGAUCCAGGAGACGCUCGGGCACCUGCUGCCCGAGUUGGAGCUUGAUCCCCGCACCGUCUCCGCCCUGCUCUGCGCCUCGGCAGCAGCUGUCGCAGCGCUGAACUGGAUGCAGAGGAGACGGACCCAGAAGAAGAUGGAAGAGGCCAGGAGGAUGCGGGACCUAGGCCUGCAGCGCAUGGCGAAGGCCGUUCAGCGGUUCAAGCAGCAGAGCCCAGGGGCCGAUCCCAGUCACAUCCUCUCCCUGCCACUGGUGGAGCUGGCUGAGAAGCUGAAGGAGGGCUCCCUGUCCGCGGAGAGCGUCCUCUACACCUACAUGGACAAGGCCUUGGCGGUGACCCGGGAGCUGAACUGCCUGCGCCAUGUCAUCCCCGAGUGCGAGGAGCAGCUGCAGGAGCUGCAGGGGCAGAAGGAGAAGGGCUUGCUGCACGGCGUCCCCGUCAGCAUCAAGGACCACAUCGGCUACAAGGGUCACCUCUCCACCUGCGGUUUCACCCCGUUCCUCGGCCCGCCGGAGCAGGAGAACAGCGUGUUAGUCCAGGUCUUAAAGUGUCAGGGGGCCGUUCCCUUCGCGAUCACCAACGUCCCGCAGUCCCUGUUCAACUACGACUGCAGCAAUGCAAUCUUCGGCCAGACACUGAAUCCCUGGGACCAUCGCAAGAGCCCCGGGGGCUCCUCCGGAGGGGAGGGAGCGCUGAUCGCCGCAGGGGGGUCCAUCCUGGGCUUUGGGUCCGACCUAGGAGGCAGCAUCCGCCUGCCGUCCAGCUUCUGCGGCCUCUGCGGCCUCAAACCCACGGGCAAGAGGCUCAGCCUCUCCGGAGUGACGGUCCCGGUCCCAGGGCUUCUAUCAGUGACGGGAGCGAUCGGGCCCAUGGCGCGGGACGUGGACAGCCUGGCUCUGUGCAUGAGGGCGCUGCUGGGGGAUGCCCUGUUCCAGCUGGACCCCACCGUGCCGCCCAUCCCCUUCAACGAGAAGCUCUUCUGCGCUUCCACCCCGCUUCGGAUCGGGUACUACGAGACCGACGGCUACUUCCUGCUGCCCCCUUGCAUGAGACGGGCCGUGCGGGAGACCAGGGACCUUUUGCAGGAGGCCGGGCACAUGCUAGUGCCCUUCGCUCCCCCGCGAGUCGACUACGUGGUCAACGAACUCUUCAUGAGAGGCGCUUUUGCCGACGGGGGCUCCACGUUCGUGGACCUGUUUGCACAAGACCUUGUGGACCCAGGCUUGAAGCCCCAGGUGAAUUGCUAUCGGAUUCCAAUUUUGGUGAAGAAAAUACUGGCGCUGUUGGUUAGGCCUCUGUUCCCACGCCUGGCCAGGCAUCUGGACGCGCUGUGUGGAGUCAGGUCAGUCAAGGCGAUGUGGCAGCAUCAAGCCAGCAUACUGGCCUACCGCACAGAGUUCAUUGCCAAAUGGAAGAAACUCCAGCUGGAUGUGGUGCUGUGUCCGGUCCUGGGUCCAGCCUUCACCCUUGGCUAUCCAGGGAAGCUCCUGGCGGCUGUUUCCUCCACCAUGUUGUACAACGUCUUAGACUUCCCCGCUGGGGUUGUGCCGGUCACCACAGUUACGGAGGCUGAUGAAGAAGAGCUGCUACAUUACAGAGGGCACUACGAUGAUGCAUGGGACAGGAGGCUGAGAAAGGCUGUGGAAGGAGCCGUGGGGCUGCCCGUGGCUGUGCAGUGCGUGGCCCUGCCGUGGCAAGAGGAGCUGUGCCUUCGCUUCAUGAAGGAGGUGGAGACGCUGGCCUGUGAGAGGAAGAAAUGCAUGUGACUCCUGGGGGUCUGCGACUGUAAGAAAGCCAGCUGGGUUCCUCAAUGGUCAAUAAAAGAAUUAGAAAGCA